AUGGCAGGCCAGAUCCAGCUCAAGGUUCCGCCUCCAAGUCGUUCAGGGUUGUAUAGACGAUGCGCUAUACCUCCUAAACCGCUGAACCUACGAGAGCGAGUAGAGAUACGGGUUGCAAGGCGAGCAAGGCGAGCGUCAGCCACACUCUUGAUGAUACCACCACAGCGAACAGUCGAUCAGGUGGCUCGCACUUUUCUGGCUUACCACGGCACCAGUAAAGCCGAGAGCGAUAAAGCGGUCCAUAGGCCUUAA